AUGACCUCAUACUACAGCGAACAGGCCAUCUCAAACGAACCGACAAACCUCUUCACCCUCCCCGCCGAACUGCGCAUCUACAUCUACGAACUCGUCCUUGCACUCCCAAAUGGCCACAUCAUCCACGUCACCGACGUCAUCCGCACCCGCCGUCACCGACGCAGAAUCACGCCAGUCACCCAACCGCCAGUAACCCGCACAUGCCGCCAACUCCGCUUAGAAACCCUCCCGAUCUUCUACGCCAGCGCACCAUUCUACCUGGGCAAAUUUUCGAGUCAGACGGAUUUCGAAAAGCCUAAUGAUGCUGUUGCCUUUCUGGAUGCUAUCGGGACGGAGGGGAGGGGGACGAUCAAGCGGCUACUCAUUGGGUGGGGAGCGGAAGAUGCACAGGACCUAGUCCAGGAGCUGAUGUGGGACAUGUUUAGAACUGAGGUCGGGCUGGUGAGAGCGAGGUUUAAGGAACAAGUUCUUGUGGCGGCGAGUAUGCGUGAGAGGCAUGAGAGGUUCGUGUGGUAUGGGAGGAGGUUUCGUUACGGAUUGUAUGAGGUGUCUUUUGGGGUGUAG